UCGUUCAUAGUGUAUAUUUUCAUUCUGUUUUCUCAUGUUCUUUUUUUUUUUAAUUUAUAAAUGAUGCUUUUCUCUUUCCCCCGCUUCUCUACUUUCUACUAAAAUUUUAUUAGGAUUUACGUCAAAUAUUUUGAAGAUCUCAUGCAUAAAAAAACGUUUCGAAAAACUCCUUUCUAAUCCUUUAAUCUCGACAAUAAUUCCCGCGGUCUCUCGUUCCGAAAAUAUAUAAAUACGCCUCGUAACCUUGCGAGUGAAGACGGUGGUGCUCUUCGUCAUCAGUGUGACUUGAUGUGCCCGUCCCGACGUGGUGUGCAGUGUAUUAUCGCGCGCGCGGAUGCGACGGCCGACGUGGAAGCGGGUGUAGCACGAUCGGACGGGAUUCCGCUUGCGUUGUGUCGUGUGUACGAUGACGAAGAAGGAUCCGAGUUGAGGUGGUUCCCGAGACGCGCGAAUUUCUCCGUGGAGAGUGCCGAUCGUGCAUCGCCGUUGAUUUACGGAGCCGGCAAACUGGAGAUCCUGGGGAUGUUCCCGCCGCGCACGGAGGCGCCGACAGCCGACAAGCUGACGUUCUGCUACGCGCCCCAUGUCGACAUGGCCACGGUCAUCGAAGUCGAGGACCGUCUGACUGGUCAUGGGGGCAUCUCCUCGCUGGGCGGCGGGAAUUCGUCACCCUAUUCCGGUGCCCAUCACCACGGACACCGGGGAAACGGAAACGGGGGCGGUAUGCCCCACCACGGGGGCGCAUCGUUGCCAACCGCCUCCGACUUCCAACCCCCUUACUUUCCACCCCCGUUUCCUUCGCAUCAUCACGCGCCCGCUAGCCCCCAGCAUCCCGGUCUCGGCCAACCGCAACACCUGGAUUACCUCGUCGGUGAUCCUUAUACGCAAACGCUCAACACACUACACCAACACCACUACAAUCACCUAAGCGCUGCCGUCACCGCGGGCCAAAGGAGCGGUGAUCUCAGGAGAGACGCCGAAGGGAUUCACGUGACGAAUAUGCACGCGUCUUUUCCAUACGACGGCGGACGCAGUAGUGGUGGAGGCGGCGGUGGCGGAGGCGGCGGCGGCGGCGGUGGUGGCGGCGGUGGAAGGGGCGUCGAGUAUGGCGCCGUACGUCGUCCUGACGCCCUCCUACCGCCUCCGGGCCUCGACCAGACCGACCUCGUUCUACACAGCAGCCUCGUUGACGACCCCCAGGUGAGCGACGAUAACACAAACGUGGACGAUGGAGGGUUCAUGAACGAUCUGCCACUAUUAAAAAAUAUGAAACCUUCGGACAGGAGUGAGAAGGCUAUGUUGACCGGAAACGCGCAACCAUCGGACGUAUUCUGUUCGGUUCCAGGACGAUUAUCGUUACUAAGCAGCACCAGCAAGUACAAAGUUACGGUAGCAGAGGUACAAAGACGACUGUCGCCACCAGAAUGUUUGAACGCGAGUCUUCUCGGUGGCGUGUUACGAAGGGCGAAAUCCAAAAAUGGCGGGCGUCUGCUUAGGGAAAAACUGGAAAAAAUUGGUUUGAAUCUACCAGCCGGUAGAAGGAAGGCCGCUAACGUCACGCUCUUAACUUCUUUAGUGGAAGGAGAAGCCAUUCACCUUGCCAGGGACUUCGGCUACGUUUGCGAAACCGAAUUCCCCGCGAAGCAAGUCGCCGAAUAUCUCAGUCGGCAACAUUGCGAACCACAAGACUCCUACAGGAGAAAAGAACUUCUUCAUGCCACCAAACAAAUCACCAAAGAGCUGAUGGAUCUUCUGAACCAGGACAGAUCGCCGCUUUGCAAUACGCGGCCACAACACAUCCUCGAUCCCAGUAUACAGAGACAUCUCACCCAUUUUUCUCUCAUAUCACACGGAUUCGGAAGUCCUGCGAUCGUGGCCGCUUUAACGGCUAUACAGAAGUUCCUAAGCGAAUCUUUGAAUCAUCUAGAGAAGAUGUAUCCCGGGAACGGCAGCGGUGUGACAAGCAGUCAACAGUCGAAUCUCGACUCCAACAAAAGCAAGGACGGCGCGCUGAUGAACGACAUGAAGAAGUGACGCACAGAAGACCCGCCUACCUCGAACGUGGUCACGUCUAUUAGGCAUUCCUGGCCGUACAAUUGAGUUUCCGUGCGUCCAUCGCUCUUGCGGAAAGCUCGCAAUGGAUCACGCGUACACACGCGUUCGCGUCGCACACGCUGAUGGCACUCGCGUGUGACGUGCCGCGUGCCCACCGU